GUUGUAACACCCGUUUGGUUUACAUUUAGCCGGUAACACCCGGUGGAUAGACGCGUGUCGGGCGAUCCAAAACAGUACAGACCUACUACAUCAAAAUGGUUAAAGUUGACAUCAAAUACACUAAGCUGUUCAUCAACAACGAAUGGGUCGACGCCGUCAGCAAAAAGACCUUCCCGACUAUCAAUCCUCAAGAUGAGACCGUCAUUACUCAAGUCGCUGAAGGAGACAAGGCUGACAUCGACAUCGCGGUAGCCGCAGCAAAGAAGGCUUUCCAUCGCUACUCCGAAUGGCGCACUAUGGACGCGUCCCAAAGAGGUCGUCUGCUGCUGAAGCUCGCUGACCUCAUAGAAAGGGACUACAAGUACUUGGCCGAUUUGGAGACUUUGGACAAUGGCAAGCCAGUGAAACAAGCUGAAGGCGAGGUGCAGUGGUCAGCAGGCAUCAUCAGAUACUACGCAGGGAAAGCUGACAAGAUCUUAGGCAGCACUAUUCCUGCCGAUGGAGAGAUCCUUACAAUGACCUUGAAGGAGCCAGUCGGCAUUUGCGGUUCCAUACUACCCUGGAACUACCCAGUUCCCAUGAUCGUGUGGAAGAUCGCUCCAGCUUUAGCUGCAGGCUGCACCUUGGUGGUGAAGCCUGCGGAACAGACGCCUCUGACGGCACUUUACAUCGGAGCCCUACUGAAAGAGGCAGGCUUCCCAGCUGGGGUAGUGAACAUCAUCCCAGGGUACGGGCCCACGGCUGGAGCUGCCCUGACACAUCACCCAGAUGUCGACAAGAUCGCCUUCACUGGGUCCACCGAGGUUGGCCGCAUCAUCAUGAAUGCUGCCGCAGCUGUCAACUUGAAACGUGUCACAUUGGAGCUCGGUGGCAAGAGCGCUCUCGUGGUCUUCAAUGAUGCUGAUGUCGACAAAGCCGCUCAGAUUGCUCACGGCGCCGCUUUUGCGAACGCUGGACAAUGCUGCGUAGCCGCUACAAGGACAUACGUGCAAUCUGGCAUUUACGACAAGUUUGUUGCCAAGGCUGCUGAGAUCGCCAAAAAAAGGUCUGUUGGCAACUCCUACGAAGAUGUGCAACAAGGUCCUCAGAUUGAUCUCGAUAUGUUCACCAAAGUGAUGAACUACAUCAAAGCUGGCAAGUCAGAGGGCGCCAAGUGUGUGGCUGGUGGCGACAGGCAAGGGAAAGUCGGCUACUUCGUCCAACCCACGGUGUUCGCUGAUGUCAAAGAUGACAUGAAGAUUGCAAGGGAAGAAAUCUUUGGGCCAGUGCAGAGCAUCCUCAAGUUUGAAACCUUUGAAGAAGUGGUGGACCGCGCCAAUGACUCCAACUACGGCCUCGGUGCUGGCGUGAUCACCAACGAUAUCACCACUGCUCUCUCUUUCAUCAAACACGUCCGAGCUGGUUCUAUGUGGGUGAACACUUACGAACAUGUUACUGCGCAAACACCGUUCGGAGGCUUCAAAGAAUCAGGACUCGGCCGUGAGUUGGGUGAAGAAGGUAUUACCCAGUACCUUGAACAUAAGACUGUGUCCUUCAAUCUUCCGAAGAAGCCUCUCGUCUAAAUAACGCUAAAACUCUGACUGAUAAAAAAUGUGAUUAUCU